AAUAAAUUUAGUCCACGAUUUAUGGACUCUUAUGUUCAACCUCAUAUUAAAUAAAUAAGUUAAAGAAAAUCAUUUUUUUUCUUAACACCGCUCGAUAUCUGGUGGAGAAGCGGUGGUCUUUAUCUGCGGCGGUUCCCGUUCCUCUGCUCUUUGCUCUCCUUUAGAUUCUGGGGAUCCAAUUUUCUUUUUUUCCUUUCGCCGCCAUGAGUUCCUCGAUCCAGAUCGUUGUUGAGACGCAAGUGGAAGCUUUGUCUCUUAAAGAUCAGGAUGAAAAGAAGAUUGAAAUAGUGAGCAACGAGCUGAGUUUCGGGAACCAUGGCGGAUGCUGUGCAAUAUGUUUGGACACUAUACCUCUCCAAGAAACUGCUAUGGUCAAAGGCUGUGAACAUGCUUACUGUGUAACGUGCAUACUACGUUGGGCAAGUUACAAGGAGAAACCUACCUGCCCACAAUGUAAACAUCCAUUUGAUUUUCUCAAUGUCCACCGCGCUCUUGAUGGAAGCGUUGAAGAUUUCAUGUUCGAGGAGAGCGUGUGCCUUCUCCUAAGAGCAUCUUGGUUUCUUCCACUGGAAGCAGUGGAGCGGGUUUCAUACAACGGCAACGACAACUACGAUUUCGACAUUCCACCUGAGUAUAUUCCACCAGAGUAUGAAGAGGAAGAUGAUGAAGAUGACCUCGACGAGUUUUAUCUGCACGGUUCGAAUCUUCGUUUAGGGAACAGGAGGUGGGGCGACAAUGGAUUCGUCAGGUCAGGCCGCCAAGAAGCAAGGCCGGCCCAGGCCCAACAUAAGCACCACCGAGGUGGCCAAGCCUCUGGUUCUGAAUCAGGCUCCUCUUCCUCCUCGCGUGAGGCAAAGGAGGAGAAGACUAACAACAGUGCUGCUGCAACAGGCAGGCGUGCCAAGAGGGCUAUGAAGCGUGAAGCUGCAAACAAAGCUGCAGAAGUAGUUGCAGCUGCGAAGCACGAGGCUCUUUUGGUUAGGUUGGGAAGGAAGUGAGUGAUUGGUUGUAUCUAUGUAAUUAAAAUCAAACCACGACCUCUAAAUGCACCUAACUUCCUUACUUGAGAAUCUGUACAGCAAGUUGUAGUAUCUAAUAAUGGUCGAACGACAAAACUUGCUUUAUAUUUUGUCGUCGAAGAUCCUUUGUUAAGAGUUUAUUCGUUUAAUCUUUACAAAUUUCUGUCA